UUCAAAUCAUUGCUCAUCUCUAAUAUAAAAUUUAAAAAAGAAAACCAGUACCGCGAAGACAUAUAGGUUCAACGAUCUCAGGGUCAACCUGUUAGCUUUGGAAGCAGACCUGCCAGACCUGAAAACAGACCAGUUGCUUGGUGUGCUUGCUUGCAAAAGACGUUCAGUCAGUUAAAAACGAUUAGUCAGUUAAAGUUAAGAUUAGGUUAGAAGUCGUUGAAAGUUAAUAUCUAUAGUUUUGAACUGAAAUAUCAACAUAUUCAAUUGUACAUCUUGUGUUAAAUCUUUUAAUCGUAAAGAUAAUCUAUUACGCCAUAUGAGGACUGCCUGUAGCAAGUCAAGUUUUUUCAACCGAUGGCUUGGAAAGUCUGCUGAAAAAAGGAGAGAUUUUUGUAAAAAAAUCGGGAAUCGCAUGACAAAAGAUCGAUUUUCUGCAGAAUCGAUUUAAAUCGAACAUCCUUAGUCACGAACCAAUUAUAAAAGAAUCUGCUUUUACCGCCCGACUGCAACAAUAUUUCUCACUACGAUUGAGCUUGCAAGGUGUUUGUGUGGUUUCGUGUUUUAAUAAUUCUCGACUGUUUACAGGUAAAUAUUUUUUACCUUCUUCUUUCCAAAAUUUAUUCAUAACCUUUUAAAUAUUCAAAUAUACAACAUAAUCUUAUAUUACAGAAUUAAAUUGAAACAUGUUCACAUGUUCAUCUUGUCAAAAAGCGUUCAGUCGUAAAGAUAAUUUAACUCGUCACUUAAAGAAUGCGUGCAAAAAGUCUUCUUUUCUAAACCGUUUUUUGGGGAGGUCAGCAGCUGAAGAAAAAAAAAAAUAUUGUUCAGAAUGUAAAGAACAUAUUUUACAAAAUUUGUGGGUUGGUCAUCUGCGUUCAAACAGUCACAAAAACAACUGUAAAACGUUGGAGGAAAAAGGAAUUCAAGUAAUAAAAUCAGCUUUCAAGGAAAGGAUAAUAUCCUACAGAUUAUCUACCGAAGAAAAUAUUUUAAAUGUUAAAAACUAUUUUAAAAUAUUGGAACAAAAGAUUCUACGGGUGUUUGACAAUCAACUGAAAAAACAUACUUGUAUUAAAGUCAAUAUAGAACUUUUUGGAUAUUACUAUAACCCCAGUAACGAUAAUCAUGAUGUCAAAUCGUUCAACACUCCAUUUAAAGUAAUUUGUAACAGCAGUGCAACAAAGGACUUAGUAGAAGAGUUUUUAACAAUUAUUGACAACAAGGCUGAUGAAUUCGCAGAAAAGGACUCUGGAUGGAUUUUACUAAAUCUCCUUUUUUUGGAAAUUAACAUCAACAAAUUCAACCCUUUGAGAGCGUCAUCAUUUAUUGAACUUCCUCCCGAAAUAACUCAACGUCAAGCUGUCGUCAACAUAAGAAAUAACGAUGACUACUGCUUCGCAUGGUCCGUAGUUGCAGCCCUUCAUCCUCCAACAGGUGUUGAUUUUCAAACAUCAUCAUACCCACACUAUUCAACAGUUUUGAACACUACAGGUAUUGAUUUUCCAAUAUCAUUAAAAGACAUUAAAAAUUUUGAAAAUCAAAAUAAUAUUUCUAUCAAUGUGUACGGUUUAGAAAAAUAUUAUAAUAAAAUUUCUAAUAAUGAAGAAUAUGAAAUAAUUGGUCCUCUACAUUUUUCUAGUGAUAGAAAAAAUAUUCAUGUUAAUUUAUUAUUAAUAAAUGAUGAUGACGGAAAUUUUCAUUAUUGCUACAUUUCCAAUCUUUCUAAAUUAAUUUCUAAACAACUUAGUAAACACAAUGGAAGAAAAUAUUUGUGUGAAGGAUGUCUUCAAUACUUUGACACAGAACAAAAAUUACAGUAUCAUAAUAGUUAUGAUUGUGAUCAUGUUAGAAUUAAUUUACCUUCUAAAGAAUUAUUUAAAGACAAAUACGGAAAUGUAGCAUAUGAAAACACAUUAAAAUAUGUUAAUUAUCAAAAGCAAAUGAAAGUUCCUUUUAUAGUAUAUGCAGAUUUUGAAUGUAUUUUAAAACCUUUGAAUGAGAAUUAUGAUGUAGAAAAUCCAAAUAAUUUAUAA